UUUGCAGUGUGCGUCCAUGGUUGCGUCACAUGACCAGUUAAUCUUCUGUGUAUUUCCGCGUUCACGACGGCCGAGCUGUUAUCAAUGACUCUCCAUGGAGCUGUGCAGGGCUUUAGCUUCUUCACCAUCCUCCCCUCCGGCUGCGCCUGUCGUCUCCAUCCUCAAUGAAUGAAGCUCUAGCUAUCUGAGGCUCUCCUCCUCCCCCCUACUCCUCCUCCGCCUCAGUUCUCCAUCGAGCCUGUCUUCGACCAGCGCGGCAGACCUGGGGGGGAAUCCGGGGAAAGGCAGCCGCGGCGCCGCGCACCGGCCGACCGACAACCCGCCGCGACGCGCCAACAACAUGCUCACCCGGGUCAAGUCCGCCGUGGCCGGGUUCAUGGGCGGAAUCAUGGCCGGGGGCAGCUCCGGCGGAGGGGGGAAUAACGGUUCCGAGCUGCCGCUGAAAUUCCCCUAUAUGAGACCGCAGUUCCUCGGACUAUCCCCGGAUGAGAUCGAAUGCUCCGCGGACCACAUAGCCCGGCCCAUCCUCAUCCUGAAGGAAACCAGGAGAUUACCGUGGGCCACCGGAUACGCUGAGGUGAUUAACGCCGGUAAGAGUGCGCUGAAUGAGGACCAGGCCUGCUGUGAGGUGGUAGUUGCAAGAAGGAGGCCCAUGAGUUACUGCCCCCCCACGCCAAGCAAGACCCCCACAGCUAAGAGACGCAACUCCCUGCCUAAUGGAGAAAGCCUUGCGCUGCGUAUGGAGCACGGCAUGCUGGGAGAGGAGAGUGAAGGGGUUGUGUUCCACUACUGGGCCUUGUUCGAUGGCCACGCUGGUUCAGGUGCCGCAGUCUUCGCCUCCCGCCUGCUGCAGCACCACAUCGCCUGCCAGCUCCAGGCCGUCAUUGAGAUCCUGCGAAACCUCUCCUCCCUGCCCCCGACUGUCAUGGGCGAGGAGACCGACAACAACCCCUACCUCCAGGGCAACACCCCAGGCCCUCACAGAGCCCUUACCCGCGCAGCUUCACUGCGUGGGGCCACAGCUCCGCCCGGCCCCCCCUGCAGCACUCCACCUCCGCCGCGUUUCUUCACCGAGAAGAAGAUCCAGCACGAGAGCCUGGUGAUAGGAGCCAUAGAGAACGCCUUCAAAGAGAUGGAUGCCCAGAUUGAGAAGGAGAAACAAGCAUAUAACGUGACAGGAGGAUGCACGGCUCUCACUGUGGUUUACCUGCUGGGUAAAUUAUAUGUAGGGAACGCAGGUGACAGCAGGGCCAUCAUCAUUAGAAACAACGAAAUCAUUCCCAUGUCGACAGAGUUCACACCAGAAUCAGAACGACAGCGGCUCCAGUUUCUGGGUUUCAUGCAGCCUCACCUGUUAGGAAAUGAGUUCACGCACCUGGAAUUUCCCCGGAGAGUUCAGAGGAAGGAGGUGGGCAAGAGGAUGCUCUACCGAGAUUUCACCAUGAAAGGAUGGGCCUACAAGACCAUUGAGGAUGAAGAUCUCAAAUUCCCGUUGAUAUACGGGGAAGGGAAAAAGGCGCGUGUGCUAGCAACCAUCGGAGUGACCCGUGGACUCGGUGACCAUGACCUCAAAGUCCAUGACUCCAACAUUUACAUCAAACCGUUCCUGUCCUGUUGCCCAGAGGUCAGGGUCUAUAACCUGGUGCAAUAUGAACACGGGGCUGAUGAUGUUCUGGUGAUGGGAACCGACGGACUCUGGGACGUCCUCUCCAACCAGGAAGUAGCCGAAGCUGUCACCACCUUCCUCGCCAACUGUGACCCUGAUGACCUGCACAGGUACACAAUGGCAGCACAAGAUCUCGUGAUGCGGGCUCGCGGCGUCCUGAGGGACCGAGGCUGGAGGAUUACCAAUGAGCGCCUGGGCUCCGGAGACGACAUCUCUGUGUUCAUCAUACCGCUGAUGUACGGGAACCGUCAGCCCUGAGGAGCUCAGCAGAGGUGCUUCUUUUUAAAGGACCUGGAGAGCAUGUAGGCUCUUUAAUCAACAGGAUCACUAGACUCUGAUUCCCUUUCAUUUUCCUCAGUGCUGUUUGUAUAUUCAUUUUCUACCUUGGACCAACACUAUACUAAACUUUGGAUAUUUAUAUAUGAUGGUGAUUCAUGUCUCUGUGGAAGUUCACAUUUGCUCGGCCUGCUGAUCAGGGGAAAUAUGUUUAGUACUACUUGUAAAGCCAAAAAUUCAGCUACAACUUUGGCUGUUUAGAGUUGAUAGAAAUGUUGAAUGUUAUUGAGAUGAUGGAAGAAGACCGCUGGUGAACUUCUGCAGAAAAGUGAAAGCACUUCAAUCUUUUAAAGGAGAAGAAAAGUCCUUUAUCUUCUAUCCUUCUUACCUUCCUUGCAGUGCUGUCCUCCUUUCUUCUCUUAUACUGUACAGUUAACUUGUUUGUUAAAAAAAUACCUCCUUUGUCUCGUGACCAUGGACCGAGCUGACGAGUAGCCAGCUGCAUUUCUGUUUUUGCCACAGUGUGGCUUUGAAGGAUUCCCUUUGCAGAGGAACUGCUUCUUUCCAGAUAACUGACUGAUUGCAGCAGAGAUUUUGGCAUGGACCUGCAUUUUUCCCCAUCCUGAGCACCCUGUUGUCAUUUUAGAGACUUUGAAUAAGAGAGUCUGAAAAUAUUUGUCACUUGGAGAGUGAGGGGAGGGAUUUGGCAGGGAAAGACACGAGGAUCUCACAGUAGCAAGGUAGACCAGUAUCCAGAUUUAGAGCGGGUUAAGAACUCAUAAAUCUGUUUGGGCCAACAACUGGGAUCAGUCAGAAACUGUAUAUGAAAACAUAAUUAUGAUAUCCACUCAGUUAUUCAGUCAGCAGGGAUUUCUUUUAGGGUUGCUUCAGAAAAAAGGCUAACAUCUGUGCCUCACACCUUUGCUUUGCUUAGCUAAAGAAAAAAAUGGAAGCAGAGAAAUUGAAGAGUUUAGGAAAGUGAAAUAUCUCUGAUUCUAUUCAACACAUGAAAUGUGUUUGGCUUGUUCGAUGGCCACGUCUGGCCCGUGUAUUUGAAACACAAGAACAAUGAAUCUCAUCUUUCUGCACUGAGGUUUCAUCCAAUGAUGACAAGCUUCGUUUUUCCAGUGAUGGAGGUGCCACCUCACACCAUCACACUGCCUCCACCAAAAGAUUUUAAUCUUAUCAGCAUAGCUUUCUGUAAGUCUUCUCCACACUUUGACCCUGCAAUCCAACUUCCAAAGGCAGAAUCUGGACUCAUCACUGAACAUAACAGGAGCCAGUGAGGCAGCUUUUUGUCAGUUAUUGUCUCAAAACAAGUUAGUGGCAGAAUAAGCUGUUUGGCAUUAGCAGGGAAGAUUUGGCAAAUUUUUCACUGACAUAACCCACAUACUCAGCUCUGCUGCUCAUCCUACAAAUGCAUGAUCCUUACAUGUGUGGCACCAUUUAAAAGACUAAACAGACUCUCCAGCAGUUUAAGAUUUAUUGACAAAAAGCAUUGUUACAGCAAAGAAAUAAUCUACCAAACACUUUUUAUGCUAACUUUAUAACCCCCUGUUAACCCUUAGAGCUCACAUUUUUUUCACCAUCAUAUCUCGUCUGGCCUUUUUUUUUUUUAAAAAAAGCUUAUAAAACAUCAAACCUGUGGUGCACAGUCAAGCUCUAUACAUCCUUUUUUUCA